CUCAUAUGGUUCAUCUUUGAGGUAGUUCAUACGAUUAGUUGGCGCGCGACGUCAGUCGAUCGAUGGGAACGAAGUUGUUUCCACGCACGUGGUUUUAAACAAUCUGUUUCGGCGUUUUUAUCAUGACUUUUUAAAAUCAAAACUAACUUUUGAAUUUUUUACUUUUCCUGUGUGUGUUUAGACGUAAAUCAUAACUAUUAUGGGCCCUUAUACUUGUAAGGAGUGUUCAGCGCUUCAAGUGAUGGAACAAAGUUACACCACAGUUAUAGCAAAUGCAUUGGCUAAUGGAUUGACAAUGCGAAAAAGUCAUUUUAACGGCAAAGUUCCUCCUAUGCCAUGGUUUGGCAUGGACAUUGGAGGAACACUUUCAAAACUAGUAUUUUUUGAACCAAAAGACAAUGUUGUAGAGAAAACUGAAGACGAAGCUCUUCUUUUAUCAAAUGUUACCAAAUACUUGACCAAAAAUUCUGCUUAUGGAAAAUCUGGCCAUAGAGAUACACAUUUACAGAUGGACAAUGUUAAAAUAUGCAACAGGAUAGGAACGUUACAUUUUAUUAGAUUUCCUACAAGCGAGAUGAGUAAUUUUCUUGAACUAGCCAAAAGGAAAGGUAUGGCAGCCAGUGUAUCUACAGUUUGUGCAACAGGUGGAGGAGCUUUUAAGUUCGAAGAACAAUUUAAAGAGGAGUUAAAUCUUAAGUUGUGUAAAUGUGAUGAGUUAGACAGCUUGAUUCGUGGAAUGCUUUUUACAGUAGCAUCUAAUAAUAAUGAGUGUUAUUUUUGGUCUCAAUGCACCGAAGAUGAACAGUGUUCGACUCAAAAUUAUACAUUCCAGUACAAUAAAUACCCAUUCAUUGUUGUAAAUAUAGGGUCUGGUGUUAGUGUUCUUGCUGUAUAUGGACCAAAUGAUUUUAAAAGAAUAUCUGGAACAAGUAUAGGAGGUGGUACAUUCCUAGGGCUUUGUAGUUUAUUGACAGGAUGUAAUACAUUUGAUGAAGCAAUUGAAUUAGCAGCUAAUGGAGACAAUACUAAAGUUGACAAAUUAGUCAGAGAUAUUUAUGGUGGAAGUUAUAGUAGGUUUGGACUUCCUGGAGAAUUAGUUGCUAGCAGCUUUGGACACAUGAAUUCUAAAGAAAAACAAGCUAGUGUGUCUCGAGAAGAUCUAGCGAGAGCUACUCUGGUUACUAUCACCAAUAAUAUUGCAUCUAUAGCUAGAAUGUGUGCUUUAAAUGAAAGAAUUGAUAGAGUUUGUUUUGUUGGUAAUUUUUUGAGAGUUAACCCCAUUUCAAUGAAAUUGUUAUCACAUGCUAUGGAUUAUUGGUCAAAGGGUUCUCAAAAAGCAAUAUUCUUAAAUCAUGAAGGUUAUUUUGGUGCAAUUGGUUGCCUAUUGUCAUUUGAUGAAAGAUACAAGUAAAGUUAAAUUUGGAAAUGCAUGAAUCUAAUCUUGCACAUUCCAUUAUUGCCAGCUAGAUGAUUUAUAUUUAUAAAGUUCAUGUAACACUUCCUUGGUUUUUAUUUCAUCACUCUCUGUCCAAGCCAGUCCAAUAUAUAGUCAUAAAUAUUAAUUUAUUUUAUUUUAAGACAACACUACUAUUAAUGAAUCACUAUGAUUAUUCAUUUGGGUGAUGUGUUAUUUUAAUGAGUUAGAAUCUUUAGUUACCUGUUUUUUAAAAUUUCAAUUUUAAUUUUUCAAUAAUUUUAUCUUCAUUCUACUUUUAUACAACCAAGUCUAAAUUUUGGUUUUACAGAUAUAAUAAUUUACAUAUACAAAAACAAUAUCAAUUUGUGUAUUUUUAUAUUGAGCUUGAAAUUUUUUUCAAAUUCAUUGUAUAUGUAAUUUUUUUUAUAUGCAUAGAUUUAUAGUUUUCAAAAAAUUUAUACUUAUAAGUUAAUGUUUAUAAUUAUUUAUGUUAUUACUGUUACUAUAAUAAAUUCAUAUAGAUGAUA